CGGCCACAGCCUAGCCAAGGCCAGCAGGUCGGGCUCGCUAUUGUGUGACCGUCGACCAUGGACUCCGAAGUUCCGAGCAUCUGUGUUAUGUUUUCGUAAACACAUUUCCAUUGAAUACGCGCUUAACCGUCAACUGAGUCACACCUUGGCAAGUCAGCACUCAUCCGUGUUCGGAAUUGGCUGGCACCGUGUAAAUUCAUGGAGGUAGAAACUCCAUGGUCGAUUCAAGUUAUGCUCUGACGUGCCUAUGAAUACUGAGCUUGGCGGCCUGUCAGAUUUUGUUUCGUGAACUGUCUCAUUAGACCUGUUGUAGAUCACCUGUUCACGUGCACUGAGAACACCAGACGGAAUCCAACUAUGAUGCAUUUCUUUGAAGUCCUCUGCAUCUUUCUGGCAGUGGUUAGUAUCACUUAUGCCUGCAGUGUAAGUGACGACUGGAAAUCAGAGUCGAUCGAAAACAGAGCUAGGAAACCCAAGUGGGUGGUGUACGGCACAGUAGCAAGCGAUCACAUGCCCAUGCCCGGCUCUAAUUUGCAAAUAGACCAGCACUAUUGGGUUGUGGUUAAACCUCUGUGCUGGCUGAGGGGUAACCCACAACCAGAAGACUCCAUGCAAAGUAACACCACGGUGUUUGAGAACAUCACUGUCUCUGAAGACGCUCCCUGUGUUUCCAGUGACCUCGUCAAGGGGAAGAGGUACAUUCUUUUUCUCGGCAAAGGUUUUGGAACCAAUUUCUCCGUCUAUGAUGUGAAUGUGCAGCCUGGCGCUCUCGAGGACCCCUCUGAGGAGACCUUCGAGGCUGUCCAUCGCGGCAUCGAUGCAGGACUCAAGGAGGGCUACCCUGAUGGAAAGUGCUUGGAUGGGGUAGAUGUGCCAUGCUUCACUGGGGUUCCUGACCCAGAAGUCUGUAACCAGGGCAUGUCCAUCGGCAUCGGCCUUUGGUGCUUAAUCUUGGCGGUGAUGUGGGCCAUAUCUGUUUAUUAACCAUGUUGACACAGAAUUCUAGCUUGUCUGUUGUAGAAAUUUUAAUUGUGUUAAAUGACUUGAUGAUUGGCUAAUUGUAGGUGAUUUCACAAUACUACUACUUUUCAUCAUUUUUUUGUUUAUAUUUGUAUAUGUAGCUUGAGUAGAAGCUUUAAAUGGAAAUUUUAGAUUAAUAUUAUCUCCGGAUUUGAUCUGUAAUAUUUUGGGAAUUGAUGCAAUUAAACAAUCCAGUACGAUUUGUCUGAUAAGAUAGCACAUUGGGAGAGUUUUUAACCUACUCCAUGACCAGGAUUAUCCUGAGUUUGUCUGGUGUUAUGUGUAUCAGGCGAAGUUUUUAAACUGUGUCAACUAAUUUUUAGGGUUGUUCUAACUCAGCUACCAACCAAUUACUGCGAUUCUAACUGCUCAAAAAUUGUAAACCCUUUCUUGCCACUUUGUGUAAUUCCAUCACCUAUAACCAGAUUUUUAUGAGUUCAAGGCUGAAUAGGUGGUUUUGGAACCAUUCCCUUAAAUUUGACUUGCUGUAGCAAUUUCAUUCCAACAAGUGUGCCUAGAAUGGCAUUACAGAGUGCUCAAUCCUGGUUAAUUUAAAACGAAAAUCUCUUGCACAGUGAUGUUGGGGUUAAUGGCAUUAAAUUGUUCAAGAUUUUAGCCCUGUAUAUAUUUUUCAACAAAAAGUUUACAAUAUUACAGAGUGAGUGACUUGAUUUAAUUUUAAUAUUAAUGUUAAUAUCAUUUAUAGAGUAAUGUGUUUAUUUAACCAUAAUACAUUCUCAGAAGAAAUAGUCAUGACUAUAAACAGAAAUAUUAAUUGGAGCAGAUAGAUAUUGACACUCAAGUGUAAAGUUGUGAAAAGUACUGUCAUUGUAAGAUUUGUAUUUUCAGUAACAUACAGAAAAUUACCUCCUUAUGUAAGAAUUUAACACUCAAGAAUUUGAAGGAGGAGUAAAUAAUGUUUAACACAAAUGAGACUGUUUUGGUCUUGUUGCAAUGUUUGAAUUAGAAAUUUCAUUUUAGAAAUAAACAAAAAGAAGUGAAAAUGGAAAAAUUGGAA